AUGCUAAUACAGACUGGAUUUCUUGUCUUCACAGCCCCCACUGAGCCUUUGCUGUGCAAAUUUGCUGAUGGAGGGCAAAAGAAGCGCCAGAAUCAAAGCAAAUACACACAGAAUGGAAGGCCGUGGCCCAGAGAAGGAGAGGCUGGCAUGGCUUUGACUUAUGAUCCAACAGCUGCUAUACAGAAUGGAUUUUAUUCCUCACCGUACAGUAUUCCAACAAACCGCAUGAUUCCACAGACAUCAAUCACACCAUUCAUUGCUGCUUCCCCUGUCUCUACAUAUCAGGUCCAGAGUACUUCAUGGAUGCCUCAUCCGCCAUAUGUUAUGCAACCAACAGGUGCUGUGAUAACACCAACAAUGGACCACACUAUGUCAAUGCAGCCAGCAAGCAUGAUGGGCCCUCUGACCCAGCAGAUGAACCACCUUUCCUUGGGCACAACAGGAACGUACAUGACUGCUGCUGCACCUAUGCAAGGGACCUACAUUCCCCAGUAUACUCCUGUGCCUCCAACAGCUGUCCCUAUUGAAGGUGUUGUUGCUGAUACUUCUCCACAGACAGUAGCAUCUUCAUCACAGGAAGCCAGUGGUCAACAGCAACAGAUGACAGUGGAAACAUCCAGUGAACAUGCGCCUGCGUAUUCUUACCAACAGUCUAAACAAUAAACAGGACUGAAGAAUGUCGGUCUGAAAUCUUUGCCUUGAAUGGAGAAACUUCACUGAACAAGAAGUUGGCUUCCAGUUUGCACAGGCGUCAAAUGAAUGCUUUUUUUUUCUACCUUUCCCAAUGAAAACAAAACAGUGUUUUUAUGUGCUGUGCAAAUGGUUCUGUCAUGUAGUCUGACAAUUUUAUUUUUGCUAUAUUUUUUUUUUCAACUAAAGGAAAAAGCCCAGAGGAAAAAUGCUGGGUUGACAUUUCAUCUGGACGAACAUUUGAAUUCAGAAUUUACCUGGAGGCGUAGCUAGAUUUUUUUUUUUUUUAAAACAGAAAAACUGAUGAUGUCAAGAGGGAGCAAGUUGCGAUGAAAACCAAUUGUCUUCCUCAAAAAUUAAGCUACUCUUUUUCUCUCAUUUUCUUUUUCUUCUUGUUUUAAAUCUAGAGUGUUUUUUGGUUUUUUGUUUUUUGGGUUUUUUUAAAAAAAUGUUUAGGUAAGGUUUAUCUUGAAUCUUAAUUGCCUUAAUUUUAAGGACGUCAAAGGCUCUCAAGGCAAGCUGUCAACGUCUUGUUAGAAAACCCGAGAAUGAAUUGAAACUGCUCACACCGGUGCUGGUGCAGAAGUUUAAUAGACUGAGUUUUUGGGGUGAACAAAAAAUAAACUGUACAGUUUAAAAGAAAAUGAUUUUCUUCUUUUGAAGAAAAGUUGAUGAUAAAGGAACUGUGGCAACUGAAAGGAUUGGAAAAAUGCUGGGACUUUUAUGAACUUUGUCUUAAUUGUUGACAGAAAAAAGAAUUCUAGAAGGCUAAAGCAUUUUACAGUAAAGUUAUUGAAUUGAGAAAAAAACUUGCUGCAUUAUAGAGAAUGCAGGGUUUUUUUCUUGCAGAAUGCAGAUUUUUUUAUUUACAAAGCGUGAUCGCUAGCAAAAGCAUUAGUGCUUUUUAUCUGCAGUCUUUUUUAUGAGCUUUAAGAAGUUUUUAGUCUGCUUUGCUUGUCACAUUGCAAAAACCUAGCUUAAGAGCAUUAAAAAAAACUUAAGUAGAUAGGAGCUUAUGGUCAAAAAAAGUGCAAAAAAAGCAAUAGAUAGAAGAAAUUGUUGACAAUUUCUGUAGUCUUUCCUAGUUGUGAACAAAUGCAGCCUAUGGAUGGCCUAUUUUAUACCAAAGAUGAAGUGACACCCUAACGCAGUCCAGAAGAUAGAGGGUUUUUUCUUUUUUUAUCUUUAUUUGACCUACAUGGCCGGACCAGUUCUUACUUUCUCGUUUGUUUAAACUAUCUUCCACUGGUGUUUUACAUACUGCAUAUGUUUAUAGUGGAAAUUUCAGAGUAGUUGGUAUUAGAAGCUUUUUGAUGAUGUGCUUUGGAGACUAUCCCAAAGCAAGGGGAUUGGGUUACCAACUAAUCUGUCCAGGCGGGCUUUAAUUUUGAUGAGGUUUUAUCUUUAAUUGCCUGAUCUUUGGUAUUUCUACUGAAACAACAGUCUUCCUUCUGAAUUCCGACAUACCGCAGAUUCAUUUCUUCACCUCAGUCUUUGUCAUCGUCCAGCAUGCAUAGCCACCUUAAUUCUGCAUUUAUUUUUCAGUGUUGCAUUUGAGUUGCCAGGUAGAUGCAGGAGAAAGCAAACUUGAUCUUUCUUCUCAUUUUAGCUCUCCCAUACAAGCAGACAUUUUGGAAACGACGUAGUAUUGUCAUGCAGGCAAGAGUUAAAAUUUAUUCUUCUCUGCUAUGAUUUCUGUUGUCUUAAUAUGUUGGCUGACAAUCACUAAUUAGUAUGAUUAGGCCUAAAAACAAAAAAAAGACACUAAAUUUAAUCCACCAAAACCUGUUUUACGAAUGACUGUUAUUUUCCGUAGAGUAAUCUUGAUUAUGGUCCUUAGUUUCUCCAAACAAACAAAUGGAAAAGGUGAGAAGCAAGUCAAAAGAUGAUUUUUUUCCUUAAGGAGGCAGAAGAGAAGCAGCAUUUCAGUAUAUACAUACAUGCACACAUAUCUAUGUGUCAAAAUUAAACCAAACAUUUUUAAACUUUCCUCCAUCCAGAAGAGAGGGGAGGGUUCAUCACGUUUCUUGUGGUGGAUUAGACACAGGGUAUCCAUUAAAAAUAAUGAAAUUAAAACAUAUGUAUUGGAUCAAUCUGAUUCAGCUGCCCAAUCCUAAAAAGAGGUCUGUGUUUCCCCAACCUGAAUUUUUUGGGGAAAAGAACACAAUUAUUUUUUUAAAUUGAUAAAAGAAGAUCGUAUUUUUUAACAUAGGAGGAGGGGGGAGGGGGUUUCCCAAAUAAAUGCUGCUAGAUAUGCAACAUAGAAAAGAGAGAAAUGGGAGUUCAGCAUAGGAAGAGGGCCUGAUUUUCAGAAGUAGUAAAACUGCUUUCUCCAGAAUAGUAGUUGAUAUUCAGCACUUCUGAAAACCAGAUGAUGCCAAAGUAAAACAACAACAUCAUCCACAACAUGUUUUCAAUUCAGAAAAAAAAAAACCCUCUCUUUCUGUUUCAUAUGCUGUCUCAUUACUUGUUGCUUUUUAAUAGUGGCACUUGAAUUUUGUCCUUGGAUAAAGGUUCCCUCUUUCUUUGGAGGGCGUAGGAGGGAAAAAAUCGAUCUAGCCUUAUUUUCUUCCUUUCUACACGUACUCUCUUUCUGUCUCUCUCCGAGUUAUUUGUACAAGUGGAGAUAAUCCCCGGCACAAGUCAGUUAUAUAUGAAAUAAACACAUUUAUUUCUGUGUUAGUUCUAAUGUGACACAAAAAAAGUCUCAUUUACUAUCAACAAUGAGGCUACAAGGUAGCUACCAUGUGGCUGAUGAAUAUGCUGAGGUACCUUCUUGUUUCUAUUCAGAACUCUGCUGCUUUAUUUAUACAUUCAGAAACAUUUUUCUUAUUUUUUUCAGUGAAGUUAAACAAUCUCAGUGUUUUUUAUUAAGCCAGACAGGCAACAUGAUAUCAUAGUGCCUGUCACUUUUAAAGUGUUUCAAGUGCAUUCUGUAUUAGAAUUGUUCCCCUUUUUUUCCAUGCUAUAAUGUUCAAUGGUGUUUGAAAUCAAAAGAAACAAGCAAAGAAGCAGAGGAAGAAGAAGAGGAAAGAAAAUGGAUCCCUUAAAUGCAAUUCAUCUUGUUACUGAUCCCAAAAAAAAACAGUGAAGUGGUCUGAAAGUCUAUGAAUUAUAAACACUGUGAGCCUUGAGUAUAAACAGUCAUAGAUCAUAAGGUAAGAAAAAAGCUUAAUUAGAACAUAAAAAAUGCUCAGAAGGUGGUAACUUAUUUCUAAAAGUUAAAAAUGAGAUAAAAGUGAACAGUGAAAUAGCAACAUGCUGCAUGGAUGUUGUCAUAGGAGAGGAAUAUUUGGUGGCCUCUGAAAUCUAGAACUGGUUUUCUUUAUGUUCUGGCUAAUAUGAUUUUUUUCAAGGUUGAUUGUUAUUAUCUGGUAAAGGUUCUGUUUUUCUUUUUUUCUUUUUUUUUUUUUAAGACCUGAGUUUGUAAAGUCACUAUCUAUGUCUGUCUUGCCAACUUAGCUUUAAAUAUCAGGAGAGUUCCUGAAAGAUUGCAGAAACAACUCUAGAUGUCUAAAGCAAUGGUGCCUGGCCCAGAGGUCUAGAAGUAACAUCAAUCCAUAAGCUGAACUGCAUAUGUACUUUCCAUCACACCUCAAUUCUUGUAAAUAAUCAAAUCUGGAUGUUUGGGUUUGGUAAUUUUGUUUUUACCUUAUAAGUUAAACACAGAAGGGGUGUCAGAAAAUUAUGAAUUAUGGCUAGAAAUUUCUGAAUACCUGGGCUUGUCAUUGAACAUUGAGGAAAAAAAAAAAAAAGACAUUGGAACUGAAGAGAGUAUUAUACUCGCAGGUGCUGACCCAAGUGUAGAUCAGGGCACUGAAAAAUCUUACUGUUCCCACUGAGAUUGCAGAGGGACUCUUCUUCCUAUCUGGCUCUACUGCUGGUUUUGUAAGCACUUUUCACCUGUGACAGUCAGGCCUCAAAUUGUGAAUGUCCUCUUAUUGCCUUCCAGUGAAACAGAUUCUUGAAAUGUCCUUAGCCUGUGCUAACCUGUAUAGUUCUGUUUACCAAGAGACUGCCUUGGUUGUGUUGGUCAAGAAAUCCACUGUAAUGCAGAAUGAGGCAUAUUUGAGAGCAACUGCAUCACACUGUAUCAUCUUCUGCUAUGGAUGCAUGCCCAAAUGUGGAAGAUAAAGGCUGGUCAUUAGAGAAGUGAGGGCUUAAACUUUAAGUGGGCAAUUGGGCUGUAGCAUUCGAAUGGAUUUUUACACAAGUAAAAAUCAAAUGAAGGGUAUUAUUUAUGUAUGUAUGUGUACCAAAACUCAGCAAAUUUGAGGAAGCCUGCAUUGUAAUAAAGUUUAUUUUUAAUAUGUCAUAGUAUUUGGAUCUAUAUUAUGUUGUUUAUGGUACUGAAGGAUGGGACUGAUACUAAGUGUUUAACGAAUUGCCACACUUCAUGAUUUUAAGCUUGAUGGUGCUCCUCAUGCCACUUCAUUUUAAUGCUGAGGUUGACAUGAGCAAAACAGGUUUAGGCAGACUUGCUUAACUCCACCUAUAGCAGAGUCAUGCUAAAGAGUGAUAAUGUGCUUAAAGUAAUGAAUCAAUCCAUUUUUAGUGAUGAGACCAAAUGUGGUAGUUGAAGAUAGUAAUGUUUGAUACACGCAUGGUCAACAUUUCCUUUCAAAACUUUAUUUAACAUGAAAUUGGUCUGGAUAUAAACGAAGUGCCCUAGGGUAAGGGAUUUUCCUGGUCUUUCUCGGUAGCCCACAUGAACUAAGAAAACAGUCACGGUGUGAUGGAAACGCAAAACAGAAAACAACAAAAAUGCUGAAGUUUGAUGCAUUAGUCUAUUCUGUUUAAUGACAAUUGACUCCAGUAACAAAGACUCCUUUCAUUUCUAAUACGCAUACACUCAGUCAUGCACACACACUUUCUCAGAAGGAGGGCUGAGUGAGCAGCAGACUUCUCCCCUUCAGUGGAGCAGAUUUCUAGAAUCUCAGAAGCAGCAAAGAUGCAGUGUAAGGAGAGUUAUUUUCUUCUCAAAAAGAGCACCGAGUUUUUCUAUAUUGCUCCUGUCCCCCAGAUAGGCUAGAGCGCUGUAUGUACUCCAGAGAUUUAUUCACCUUUGUGCCUCAAAGCAGGCAGAAGAGACCCUUUCUUCUCCCCUUUAUUAACAUGCUCUUUGUUAAUAUUGAACAGAAAAUUAUGAGAGUAAAGCUGUAAAAGAAAUGAAUCCCAGUGUUGGUUCAGUUUUCCAUGAUAAGAAAAAAUUCUUGUGUUUAUUUCAGUUGUUCAGUUCAGUUGUUAAUUCCCCAACAGUGACAGCUGAGUUCCUUUACCUUAAUAAAAAUGCAUAAUGAAGUGAAAAAUGUCAGCCUUUGACAGGUUCACAAAUCCAUUUUUCCUUGCAGGUCGAAAGCCUGCAAGGUGUAAGCACCUUCCAAGAUCUGGAUCUGUUGUCCUUAAGAGAGUAUCUGCCCAACAUUAAUUUUCUGCCUUUAAGUGUCUUUCUCUUGGAUAAUAAUUUUAUGAAUUUGGUGAAAUUUACAGUCAGUUAUAUUUUUAAAAGCCCAAAAAUACAGCCUAGAGAAGAGAACAUGAUGUUUAUGUAAUUAAAGUAUUAUUAAAUAUGCUGUAUUACAGAGUGGAAGAAAAUUCUACUAUCUUUUAGAGGCAAAACAAUUUUAUGUAAAACCAGGAAGUGAACAGAAUUCAUUUAGGAAUUUUUAGUUGUUCUGCUUUUUAAAGGAGAAUGAACAGAUUCUAUCUGUAUGAAAAAUCAAAACAGCUUUGAAAGCAGAUGAACUUCCUAUCAAGAAAACAUGCAUCACAAAAAUGGGGCAGAGGUUCUUAAAAACCCUUACAGACCUCACUGUAGCCAAAAUGUAGAACACAGAACCUCUGCGAUACAUUAAAUUAUGAAUCUUAUUUAUAUGGGCAUCUGUGUGCUGAUGUCUCAGAAUGUCUUUGAAAGAUCUGUACUGCUAUGAUUUUUUUUUUUUUAUGUUUUCCAUUUGUAACACAAUCCUAAAUAGCUGCCAUUUUCCCACUCCUGGGGCUUUCUGUAGAUCAGUGGAUGUUAGGUUUAAACUUCUGUUUUCUUUGAUGAAGCUUUCAAUAAAAAAAUAAAGAAAGAAAA